GGAAUCUUUUUUAUUUUGGGUGGUUUGCGACUGCUUUGAGUAAAUGUUCAAAUGUUCCAUCCUCGCAUGUGUUGUGUAAAAAUUAUAAUUUUUUGUUAGUAGUCUGUUUGCUGGAGUUGUUAAAUUUUCUGUUGGAAGAGCCGCAAACUUGUCAAAAUGGCUAUUGUAUCUUAUCAAAUUGCAAGUCUUCUCGAGAAGAUGACGUCUAACGACAAAGAUUUUCGGUUUAUGGCUACAAAUGAUUUGAUGACCGAAUUGCAAAAGGACAGCAUCAAGUUGGAUGAUGAUUCGGAGAGGAAAGUUGUGAAGAUGCUACUCCGUCUGCUUGAAGACAAAAACGGCGAAGUUCAGAAUUUGGCUGUCAAAUGCCUUGGUCCGCUUGUGAAUAAAGUAAAGGAGUAUCAUGUGGAAGGCAUAGUCGAGACGCUGUGUGCCAACAUGUUAUCGGAUACUGAACAGCUGCGAGACAUCAGCAGCAUUGGUCUCAAGACUGUGAUAUCGGAACUACCUCUGGGCUCCAACACACUGGCCGCUAAUGUGUGCAAGAAAAUAACUGGCAGGUUGAGCAGUGCUAUUGAGAAGCAAGAAGAUGUGUCAGUUCAAUUGGAAGCUCUUGAUAUUCUGGCAGAUCUGUUGAGCAGAUUUGGCGGUUUGUUGAUUUCAUUCCACCCGGUGCUAUUGAAUUCUUUGCUCCCCCAACUGGCUUCUCCACGUCAGGCUGUCCGUAAGCGCACCAUAGUAGCACUGUCCCACCUGGUGAUGUCAUGCAACGCUGCUCUCUAUAACAAACUUAUUGAUCACCUGCUGGAGGGACUGGGUUCAUCUACAUCGUCUAGUGUCAGUCGCACUCAUAUUCAGUGUAUUGCCUCUGUGUGCCGUCAAGCAGGUCACCGCUUCGGUGAGCAGCUGUGGCGAGUGGCUCCGCAGGUCCUCGAGCACUCGAACGACACAGACGAGGAGCUCCGCGAGCACUGCCUGCAAGCCCUGGAGGCGUUUGUGCUCAAGUGCCCUAAGGAAGUACAGCCGCAUAUCCCGACAAUCAUCGAGCUAUGCCUCAAGAUGAUCACCUACGACCCGAACUACAACUACGAAGAUUCCGAAGAAGGCGGCGGCGGCGAGGACGAAGAGAUGGAAGAUGAAACGGCGGCGCCCGACGCGGACCCCGAGUCCGACUCCGAGGAGUACUCUGAUGACGACGAUAUGUCCUGGAAGGUGAGACGCGCGGCAGCCAAGUGCCUCGAGUCCGUCAUUUCAACUCGGCACGAACUACUGGCUGAGAUGUACCAGACGGUGUCCCCCGCUUUGAUCGCUAGGUUUAAAGAACGCGAAGAAAACGUGAAAUGCGACAUUCUGAGCGCUUACACAGCGCUGCUGCGCGCCACACGUCCCCAACCAGCGCUCCAGUCCAUCACCCCGGCCGACAACUCACCGCAAGCCUUACUACUGCAGCGGGUGAGCGGCGUAGUCCGCGGCGCGCUACGAGUGAUCCGCGGCCGCAGCGUGCGCGCGCGCGGCUGCGCGCUGGCGCUGCUGCGCGAGCUGCUGGCCGCCGCGCCCGGCUGCCUGGCCGAGCACGCCGCCCGGGUCAUCCGCGCGCUCACUCCGGCGCUCACGGACAAGACCACCGCCUCAUCCAUGAAGAUCGAAACCCUAGUAUUCGUAGUGUGCCUAGUCCGCGGUCACUCGCCGGAGGCUAUGCGCUCGCACGUGGCGGCACUCAUGCCGGCCGUGCUGGGCUGUGUGCACGACCCCUUCUACAAGGUCACCGCCGAGGCGCUGCGCGUGCUGCAGACGCUCGUCAAGGUCAUGCGCCCGCUCGGUGAGUCCAAACCCUCUGAAGACAUCGAAGAUUCCACAAUCGAGCCGCCACCAGAAGAGUUGCAACAGUUCAUUCUGCCCAUGUACGAGUGUACCCUCGUGCGGCUCCGGGCCACGGACAUGGACCAAGAGGUCAAGGAGCGCGCCAUCGCGACCUGCGGACAACUGCUGUGCCAUUUCGGUGACUAUUUACAGAAUGAGCUUCCCGUAUGUUUGCCAAUAUUCUUGGAACGCCUACGCAACGAAAUUACGCGCCUAACUACGGUAAAGGCUUUAACUAAAGUGGCUGCGUCUCCGUUGAGAAUUGACUUGAGGCCUAUCUUGUCUGAAGCUGUGCCGAUUCUAGGAUCCUUCUUAAGGAAGAACCAGAGGGCACUGAAAUUAUCGACACUGGUGUUACUGGACACAUUGGUGCAAAACUACAGCGACGAUAUCAGCAUAGAACUUCUUGCAAAGGUGCUAGUAGAAGUGCCGCCGCUGGUGUGCGAGGCGGACCUGCACUGCGCGCAGACGGCGCUGACGCUGGUGCGCGGCGCGUGCCUGCGCUGCCCGGCCGCGCUCACCGCCGACGCGCGCGCCGCGCUCACGCCCAACAUCCUCGCGCUAGCCAAGUCCCCGCUGCUGCAAGGUGGAGCGCUAAAGGCGAUGCUGGGCGUGCUGAGUGCUCUCGUGUCGGCGGACGUGGCGGGCUGCUCGCGGCGCGAGCUGCUGGCGCUGCUGGUGGCGCCCGUGCACCGCGUGCACGAGCACAACGCGACCGCGCACCAUAUUAAACAGGCAUUCCACUCGCUGGCGAAGUGUGUAGCGGCCGUUGUAACGGAGGGCGGGUCGGACGCGUUAGACGUGGUGCGCGGGUUCCUGCGCGACGCCACGCAACCCCCCUCGGACGCGCACCACAUGUUCGCGCUACUCGCCGUAGCAGAGAUCGGCCGACAUCUAGAUCUAAGCUCCAUCCCGAAUCUGAAGGAAGUACUCCUGGCCUCUUUCGCCCCAUCAUCAGAGGAAGUGAAGUCGGCAGCGAGCUACGCCCUGGGGUCGGUGGCCGUCGGCAAUCUGCCCGAGUUCCUGCCCUUCAUCCUGAGCGAGAUCGAGGCGCAGCCGAAACGACAAUAUUUACUUCUGCAUUCGCUUAGAGAGAUAAUCUCGUGUGAAUCAUGUACACCAGAAGGCGUAGAAGCGCUCAGGCCAUUCAUACCCGAAAUCUGGGUACAGCUAUCGAAACACUGCCAAUGUGCGGAGGAAGGAUCUCGUAAUGUAGUUGCUGAAUGUUUAGGAAAAUUGUGUCUGUUAGAGCCUAAAGAAUUACUGCCGCAUCUCAAGGAGUUCCUCCAGUCGCCUGAACCACUCACGAGAACAACCGCCGUCACUGCUGUCAAGUUCACAAUCUCAGAUCAGCCGCAAGCGAUCGACCCGCUGCUCCGCGCGUGCAUGUCGGAGCUGCUGGUGCCGCUGCGCGACCCGUCGCUCGGCGUGCGGCGCGUGGCGCUCGUGGCCUUCAACUCGGCCGCGCACAACAAGCCCUCGCUCAUCCGCGACCUGCUGCCCAGCGUGCUGCCCACCAUAUACCAGGAGACUAAAGUCAAGAAAGAACUAAUCCGCGAAGUAGAAAUGGGCCCGUUCAAGCAUUCCGUAGACGACGGGCUGGACCUGCGUAAAGCUGCCUUCGAAUGCAUGUACACGUUGCUGGGCACCUGCUUGGACCGGCUCGACGUGUUCGAGUUCCUGCGGCACGUGGAAGAUGGCCUGAGGGACCACUACGAUAUCAAGAUGCUCACUUAUCUCAUGUGCGCGAGGCUGGCGCAGCUCUGCCCUACGGUGGUCUUACAGAGGCUUGAGAGCCUAGUCGAGCCGCUGCGCGCAACCUGCACAAUGAAAGUGAAGGCAAACUCUGUGAAACAAGAGUACGAGAAACAAGACGAGCUCAAACGUUCUGCGCUGCGCGCUGCCGCUGCGCUACUGCACAUACCUGAGGCUGACAAGAACCCCCACUUGAUGGACUUCGUGACACAAAUCAAGUCGUUCCCGGACCUGCAGCCCAUCUUCGAGUCCAUCCUGAAGGACUCGUCGGGUGGCGCGGCCGUGGACUCCAACCUCAUGGACCAGAGUUAGCCGCGCUGCCUCAAGCGCGCCCGCGAAUAAACCUCCGUUGAGGUUUGAUCCAUUUUUAUUUAGUCUCGUUAUUCGGUUUUAUACCAACCGCAUUUGUUUUGUGCCUGUUGUAAAAAUGAUUGAAAGUCAAUAGAUAUCUAUCUAAUAAUA